AUGGGUUUCACAAAAAUCUUAGUAACUUCUUUUCUUUUAGUUAUAUUGGUUGUUUCGAUGUCUUCCCAAAACGCUAUGGCAUCAGAGAUCAAAGCAACUAUCAACGGCCAAAAAUGCAUUUCUCAAUGUAUAGGUUCAUAUGAUAAUUAUAAAUGCAGCGUGGACUGCAUAGCAUUGGGCUAUGUGACAGGAGGAUGUCGUACUCUAUAUCCUUCUGAACCUCCAUAUUGUUGUUGUUAUAAAUUAUAA